UCGAUGCCACAAUCGCUGACUAUAAAAACACCAGCUAAAACAACAACAACCCCCAGUACUUCACGUCAAGAGCCCACUCAGACCUGAACUUGGGGACUAACUCAUUACGAGGAACAGCAGAUAUCUGGUGAUAAGAUGACGCAAUUCGAGGCAAUAAGUGCACUCGUCUGCCUACUUCUAUUAGGCACACCAGUUAAAUCCAGUGAGCCUUGGAGGGAUCACUUCGAGGACACCAGAGAAGAGUCUCCGGAAGAUGAUGAUGCAAUCAUGGAAAGACGUUGGCAAGUGGGCUAUGAGAACUAUCGACUUCGCUGCGAGAAAUUCCAGAUGGAGGCUAAUCAGAGCUCGCCCGUGAGAACUCGAAUAGCUGGCGGGGAAUUGGCCACGCGCGGCAUGUUUCCGUAUCAAGUGGGUCUGGUGAUUCAGCUGAGUGGCGCAGAUCUGGUCAAGUGCGGUGGUUCCCUUAUCACUCCGCAGUUUGUUUUGACUGCAGCCCACUGCCUGACCGAUGCCAUAGCUGCCAAGAUCUACACGGGCGCCACCAUAUUUGCCGAUUUGGAUGACUCCGUCGAGGUGAUACAAGUCACGCAUAGAGACUUCUUAGUUUAUCCCGAUUACUUGGGCUUUGGGGGAUACAAUGACUUGGCCUUAAUCCGGCUGCCAAGAGAAGUUCGAACCUCGGAGCAAGUGCAACCCAUUGAGCUGGCUGGGCAGUUCAUGCAUCAGAACUUUCUGGUUGGCCAAGUGGUGACCCUAUCUGGCUGGGGUUACUUGGGGGACUCAGCCGACAAAAGGACACGACUUCUACAGUACUUGGACGCGGAGGUGAUCGAUCAGGAGCGCUGCAUCUGCUACUUCCUGCCGGGAUUGGUGAGCCAGCGACGGCACCUGUGCACCGAUGGCAGCAAUGGACGAGGUGCCUGCAAUGGCGACUCCGGUGGCCCCGUGGUGUACCACUGGCGCAAUGUCAGCUACCUGAUUGGGGUCACCUCGUUCGGCAGUGCCGAGGGUUGCGAGGUGGGGGGGCCCACUGUCUACACCAGGAUAACCGCAUAUUUGCCAUGGAUCCGACAGCAAACGGCAAUGACCAACUAAAUGCAAUUAACGCCUAAUUGCCGCCCAUUAAUUGCUAAACAAUAUAGUCGGUGCAGACAAUAAAACCCAUUUCAGCAAUGAAACCCGAACAGGUUCGUCUGUCCAGG